AUGUUGGAGCCUCAGCAGCAGCACAGCGAGCUCCUCCUGCAUGACUCCCUCCCUGUGUUUGGGAAGCCCUGGUUCUGGCAGCGCAGCAGCAGCAGCAUGGAGAGUACGCGCAGCCUGGCGCAUGUCAUCAUGGAGAUGCGCGAUGAGAUUAAGAAGCUGGAGGAGGAGAACCGGGAGUUGAGGGGGGACUACGGACAGAGGGGGUAUAAAGGAAUGUCAGGUGAGGAGCAGCCGGAGAACCCCUAUGUAAACCUGAGGAGGAAUGCAUCUGCACCGGUGUUAGAGGGACAAUACAAAGGUAAGGAAGAAGGUGUAUGCAGAAGAUAUUUCUGUCUCCACCUCUCUCUUUUAACUUCAAGAAACAAGACAAAAGCAUUGCAAGUUUUACAGUGUAUAUAUGAAAAUAUGAACCUUAAAGUGGUCUUUUCUCCAGAGAGCUGAUUGUGAAAAUGUAGUCUUCAAGGUUAAACUCCUUAAGCAAUGUCAGAUCCUUUUUGUAAAGAAAGGGAAAGAGAGCCUUGAAAACAGUUCAGAAUAACUCUUAUCGAGUAUAUGCCCCCAAAAGAUAAACACAAUGAGUAAGAAUGUUAAGAAGUCUUAUAAGGAAAACCAAGAUGUUGUGAUUUCCCUGUUAAGAUCUAGUCCAGUGGUUCUCAACUUGGUUCACUCUGGGACCCACUUUUUCCCAUGUUCCUUAAGUAGCAACCUACUUUUAUAAAAUUCAACCCAAGCAAAUGUAUUUUUCAGGAAAAAAAAAAAACUUUAAAAACCCAAAUCUUUAACAUAAAUACACAGUUUUUAUUGAGUAAAGUGCAUUUCAGAGCACAUGAACUGAGGACAACAUGAGGGUGACAACUACUGAAGUUGCAUACACAGAAAAAAAAUUGAAUAUCUAAUAAAUAUUGCAUUUAAUAUUUAUUUUUUUGACCCGCUGUUCAUGACCCAUCCAGAACGUGUCCAUGACCCACUUUUGGAUCGGGACCCACCAGUUGAGAAACACUGAUCUAGUCUGACAAUUAAACACUGGAUUCUACAGGUCCCAUCAUGCAACUCAAGAGCCUUUUAUUGGAGAGUAUAAACCAGGACCCCUACGGUUGAAGAUCACAAAUUUAUUAGUUUGGAUGUCUCCCAAAUUAUAUUUUUAAAGGAAUAAUGUCAAAAAAUUUAAUUUAAAAUUCCAAGUGCCAAAAACCCUUUUUUCCUGCAGGCCCCAUAAUGCAUAAUUUUUUAACACAUUUCUACUGAGAAAUGCAACCAGGUGUGAAAAAGUGCAAGAAAAGCAUGCAUUUAUUCAAAGUCAUUAUAUGAAAAUGAUCGUGAACAUCAACUUAGAAUUAAACUAAAUUAAAUCAAAAUGUAAAUUUUUUUUAAUAUUUCUGAUUUAUUUUUUUUACUUUUUUGCAUUUAUGUUCACAUUAUUUUUCCUUGUUAAUAACUUUUGUCUACUUUGUAUGUUGGUUAGGGUUGUGUGUGGGAAUAGGGUGCGCAAGAUGUUUGUAUUUGUUCUAAUGUUAUGUAUAUUCAUGUAAUGUAACGUGUCCUGAGUUCUAUGUAUGUUUGUUUAGGGACCCCCUUGAAAAUGAGAUGCUACAUCUCAAGGGGCUAUCCUUCAAUAAAUUCAAAUUCAAAUAAAUUAUAUUUGUUAACAGUCUUUCCAUAUUUGCUUUUUAAACUAUUUUUCUUAUGGACUGUUUUCAUAUUAUUUCACAGAGAAUACCGUCAUGACUGUUCGGAGAUACUCUAUGGGCUCCAGCCUGUCUGGGGUGACGAUGACAGGAGGAGGGUCUGACAGGGCACAGCAGAGGGACUCUGGUUGGGCACGACUACAAGAAGGCAUCCACCAUCGCCAUGGUAACGCCAUCUUUGGUAACCCAGCCAGAGAAGUUAACAACAGGCACUCUUUGCAGGAAUAUGUGCACAAAAACAGGUAAAAAUCAGAAGAAACAAUAAGUUUAAUUCAAGUGUUUUGCGUUAAUUUUGCUCUUGUUUUGUGUUUGUAAAGGUACUGAUUCUUUUGUUCAGUCCUUUGACAUAAAAUCCUUUUUUUUUACUUUUUUAGGACAAAGGUAAAAACUGUUACAUUCCUUCUACCGGUGGAUGAUAUUUAUACCAGUAGACCGGUUCUGAAGAAGAAGCAAAAGGAGCCUAAAAUCACAGAGCUGGCCUCCAUAUCUGAGACAGAAUCAUGA